GAAGUUAGGAACUAUUCUGUCAUCUCGAAAUCAGUCCCCAGCCACCACCUGGAGGUUGGCAACCCUAAGGUGCAAUGACGCCUGCACCCUAAAUCUAAAUCUGCAGCCAGGGCGGCUUGCUGAGACUCGUUCGAAUCUCAGAAGACGCCGCCUUCGGUGUUGGAGCCUUGAUCAAGCCCUAGUUGGCGCACUGCUGUUUCGUCAUCAGGAAGUGCCGAGGAGAGGCCGCCGAUCCGGCCCGCGAUGGCGCUGUUCCUCGUCCACAGGUACGCUGGUGAUGAGGAAGGUGAGCAAGAAGACCAGUCACAGGUGCUCUUGCAACAGCUGCAGGAACGGGCAAAGGCCCGCCAGCUCCAAAAACAGCAACAGGGUCAGCCAAUUUCUACAGAGCUAACAAAGCAAGAGAAUGAAGUUUCUGAAUUGAACUCUGAGAAGGAAUCAAAGCAGGUGACCAAGAAGAGAAAAAGGAGAUCAAGUGAUGGAUCACCCUGCAUAGAAGGCCAAAGAAAGCAAAACAGGCAGCUACAAGUUGAUGGGAAGGAAAGACCAGAAGAGGAAGAUGAUUCAACUAGGAGCAGAACUCCAAAGAGCAGAAGGAAGUCCAAAAUGCCACCAAGAAGGACCGAACCAGGAAGUGAUGGUAGCUCUGAGAAUCACCUGGACAAUAGCUGUAUGGCAGCGGGAGGGAGAGAGGAUAGCUCUAAAACUAGAGAGAAAGAAAGCCAACGAAGAGAGGAACAGAAGAUGUUGAAUCAGAAAGGAAUCCUUCCAUCUUCUGAUGUGAUUAUCCUUGGCAGUUCUCAUCGAAAGGUUGUGCAGAAGGUCCAGCCUUUUUUGCCACAAUGGCUUGCUCAACCCAAGGUAAUCCAGAAAAGGAUCAAAGAGAACCUUAUCCCACUCCAGGACAUUCCAGAAAUCCACUCUAAAUUGAAGAAGAAACUACAAGCAAAUGGAAUAGAAGCUUUGUUUCCAGUUCAGGCGGAGGUGAUCCCAGCCAUUUUGGAGAGUGUGUCUAGUGGGUUUUUGGCCCCGAGGAGUGGUUACCAGCCAUGUGAUAUUUGUGUCUCGGCUCCUACAGGCAGUGGUAAAACAUUGGCCUUUGUCAUCCCUGUGGUACAGGCCCUGUUAGAACGAGUCAUUUGCCAGGUGCGAGCCUUGGCAGUCUUGCCCACUAAAGAGCUAGUACAGCAGGUGACUAAAGUAUUCAAUAUUUACACUGAUGGGACGGGAUUGAAAGUUGUUCAGCUGAGUGGGCAGAAGUCUUUUGAGAAGGAGCAAGAGUCUCUUACUGAAAAAACGCUUGCUGGGUUCCACAGUCUGGCAGACAUUGUUGUAGCCACCCCUGGGCGCCUCGUGGACCAUCUUCAGCGAAGUCCUCAGUUCAACCUUAGAGAACUUCGAUUCCUGAUCAUUGAUGAAGCAGACCGCAUGAUUGACAACAUGCACCAGGACUGGCUGUCGCAGGUUUUGAAGGCUGUGUAUGGAGCUGAGGAAGGCACUGGACCCGGGCGGCUGUUCAGGAGAGCAGCUCAGGAGCCCAUCACAGCAGCCAGAGCCUUCUGCCCCCAGAUCCCUCUGCAAAAGCUUCUCUUCUCAGCCACACUGAGUCGGGAUCCUGAGAAGUUGCAGCAACUGGGCCUCUAUAAGCCUCGCCUCUUUACUUCUGUCUACUCCAAGACACAGUCGGAUGACACCGAGGCGCAGCAGGAGAAGAAAUACACCCUCCCCGAGGGGCUGUCGCAAUAUUAUGUGCCGUGCAACUUGCGAUCCAAGCCGCUGUUUCUUCUGCAUUUCCUGCUGCGAAUGAAAUUCAGCCGAGUGCUGUGUUUCACCAACAGCAAAGAAACUUCCCACAGGCUGUUUCUGCUCAUUCGAGCCUUUGGUGGAGUGAAUGUGGCUGAAUUCUCUUCUCGAUUGAGUCCAGGAGAAAGAAAGCGGACCCUGAAGGAGUUUGAACAAGGGAAGAUCCAGCUCUUAAUCAGCACAGAUGCCACUGCUCGAGGACUUGACAUUGGAGGAGUGAAAUACGUAAUCAGCUAUGAUGCCCCUCAGUUUAUCCGGACCUACAUUCACCGGGUGGGCAGAACAGCUCGUGCUGGGAGAGCUGGCCUGGCCUUCACCAUGCUGCUAAAAGUGCAGGAACGCAAAUUCUUGAAAAUGCUGAAAGAAGCUGGCCUUCCUGAGUUGGAACAGCAGCUAGUGAACAGCGAGAGCCUCAAGCCUCUUCUCCAUCAGUAUGAAGAAGCGCUGGCUGAACUCCAGAAUAUUGUCAAGGAGGAGCGAGUCAUGAAGCGAUUCUGAGCAACCAUGGGAACGGGUGCUGUCUUUUUAGCUGAUACAAAGAAUAAUCAGGGACUGGAGAACUCCGCGGUCAUGGGUUGGGCUCUGACCUCAGGGGUGUACAAUGUUCAGAAGCAGGCACCAUUACCAGUUCCCUGGAGAAUGGAAAAGUGAAAGAGGAACGCUGAUCCAAAGUGUGAGCAGAGAGAGCUUGCCAGCAUGCCUUUAUCCUUAAGGUGCACUGAGACGACCAGCAGAAUAUUUUUAGACGAGAGGCUCUUUCCCAAUGGGCCUUUAACCCAGAGUGAUGGAAAGAGGAGAGAGCCCACAGCCUCUUCCUGAGAGGGAACUGACUCCUGUUCAGCCUUGCUUGAGAGAAUGCAGCUCUCUUGUUGCCUUGUUGUUUUCUCAACAUGGUGUCUUACAGUCCAGCUGUUGCUGCUGCUACUGCAUUAGAAGCACUUUCCCUGGAGGAAAUUUUAUUUAAAUAAAAAUUGCCUUUGCUUUCUGGUGCAGGCAAGAUUUUUCUUUUGGAAA